UUCAAAAUUAAGCGAGUCUGUGGCAUGACCUGAUUUCAUUGUAGAGAGCAGUUGAAGAACAACAGAAAAGACAUUCUGUAUAUUCAGUUUUGGCAAAAACCCUGCAGAACCUUUCGCAAGAUAUUUGAUUGAUUAGUUUCUUUAGAGAAGAGAGCAGAGAACAUGUGUGCUGAACAUAAAAACCUAAAAUGGACACUGAUGCUACUUUUUCUGGGUGGUAUUUUCUGCAGCACUUAUAAAGUGGACUACGACCAGCAGCAUAUCUGUGCAGUGAAAGGAUCAUCUGUUGCUAUUCUUUGUUCAUUUUACUAUCCCAGCGAAGAGAAAGUACAAAGUGUCCUGUGGGGUCAUGAAAGAAAUAAUAUUUAUCAUGGUCCUUUCAUUUAUGACAGUGAAUUAAAUAAUAUAACUUCAAGAUUUCAUUAUAUUGGUAACAAACAUCACAACUGUUCAUUUAAAAUACAUCAAGUGGAGCAUAGUGACGCAGGAGAAUACACAUUCAGAUUUAUAACUGACUCCGAAAAAGGUAAAUGGACUGGAAAACCUGGCUCAACACUGAAGAUAGUUAAUUUGACUAUGAUUGUGACAAAACCUAGUGAAAAGGAAACAAUGAAGGAGGGCGACACUGUGAAUGUGACCUGCGUAAACAGCUGUGACGACGGUCGUAAACGUUCAUCUGAGUUCAUCUGGUUUAAGGAUGGAGAAUCCAUAAUCGAAGGACCUGUGCUUCAUUUAAUAAACAUGUCCUACACAAACUCUGGAAACUACACAUGUUCUCUAAAAACACACACAGGAACAACUUCCGGAGUCAAACAUAUUGAUGUUGAAUAUGGUCCAAAAAACACAUCAGUAUCUGUCAAACCAUCAGCAGAGGUAGACGCCGGAAACAAUGUCACCCUGAUCUGCAGCAGCCACGCAAACCCACCAGUGGAGAAUUACACCUGGUAUAAAAUAUACGAUAACAACAUCAUAGCUAUUGGACAAAAGCUUGAGCACCAUUUCAAGGAGGUCACUCAGGGUGAUAAUGGACAGUAUUUUUGCAGAGCUGCCAACAAACAUGGGAGUCAGAACUCCUCUGUCGUGACAUUAAAGGUUGAAGUAUAUUGGGAAACACUUACCAGAGACUUACUUAUUAUUGCUACUUCUGCUGCCACACUUCUCACUGUAGCCACUCUUGUUGCCAUCAGAAGACUCAGCAAAAAAAGAACAAUUUCACCAGAAACAGACUGUGAAGUGGACGUACAGAAUACAGACUACGUCAACUGGCCCGUGUGUGAUGCGAAUAAAUCGCAAGAGGGGAGUCAGUGUGACGGAGAACUUGUCUACGCAACUGUGAACUUCAACACCAAGAGGAAAGACGAAGUGGUGCGACAGAUGGACUCCCAUAAUGAUGAUGAAAGUGUGAUUUACACCACAGUGGGCAGGAACCAGCUGCUGACCCCUUCAUAGACUGAACCUUAAAGAUGUCAUAUAGCAUCAUUUGGCAGCACACACGUGAUGCUUUAAUAACAUUUGUUUCACUAUGCAUAUUUUGUGUUUUUAUUUACAUAAAUUUUGCAUAAAUGUUUCAUCUGCUCCUUAAAAAUCGAAGUGAUGAUACAGUAUAAUCAAGACAGAAAGAAACCAUGAAAAAUAUCACAAAACACACAUUUUCCCUGAAACUUUGAUACUUAUUACUCAGCAAAGAACAUAGAAAAUCAUCAAGACAGAUUCUCAAAACAGUGAAUGACAUUUUUUAGACCUGAAGUUACAAAAAACAAACCUUUAACAGUAGUAGGUGUAUUUCAAGGUAUAAAACAGGACAUGUGUAAUGAAUCGCACCAUCAGUAUUAACCUUUUCUCUACAAAGGUUAUACACAUUUUAUCAUUUAAACCUAAUCCCCUUGGCAAAAAAUGAAUAAUUUAACAUGCAUAAUUUCAGAUGUACUGAUUUUGUUGGGGGGCUGCACAGUGACUUGGUGGUUAUCACUGUCGCCUCACUGCUAGAAAAUCCUCAGUUCGCAUCCCAAACUGGGCGUGAGAUCUUUCUAUGUGGACUUUGCAUUAGCUCCCUGUACAUGCGUGAGUUUUCUCCGGGUACUCCAGCUUCUCCAGCCCAAAGUUAACUGAUAAUUCUAAGUUGUCCGUAGGUGUGAAUGUGAGUGUGAUUGUUUGUCUCUAUGUGUAGCCCUGUGAUAGACUGGUGACCUGUCCAGGUGUCCCCUGCCUUCAUCCUAAGAAAGCUGGGAUAGACUCCAGUCCAAGUGAAACCCUAAUAGGGAUUAAGUGGUGUAUAGAUAAUAGAAUAUGAAUGAUUUUGUUGGCUGCACUUUGAGAAUUUUUCGAGCUUCUUCAGUAUUUGAUUUUGGUAGUGUCUUUCUGACACAUCCUCACAUGAUGCUCUUCUUCUAGUCUGUGUUCCUUAUUUUUUUUUGUCAAGAGUGGGAAGUUUGCAGUCAGACGAAGUUAUUCUCAAAAUUAUUAAGAAUAUCUCAGCAUUUCUUGAGAGAAUGCAUUUUUUUCUAAUACAAAUGAUUGCAUUUCCACCUACUGUAUCUAUGUUGUGCAAAUCAGAUGUUUGUGUUUUGUGUUUUUGGCACAGUAAAAGUCAAUUUCCUCAAGAUUUUGCAAGGUUCUUCAGAGCAGCCUGCUCAUUUUGCAUCUCUAGUCUAGGAUACAGACAAUGCAGCAGGUUCAGCAGGCUGUAAAAGUUGAAAUUAUGUAAAGAAAUUAAGCUGCAACUUAUGAUUAUUUUGGACAACUGAAAGCCAAAUAUAAACGCUGUGCAGAAAGAAUCACUUUUUGGAGAGUUUUUCCUGGUAAAACUGUGCAUAGAUUGUGAACUUACUCUUAGUCGUUGAGGUUCUGUGUUAUUUCUUCUUUUUGAUGUAUUUUAAUGACAUCUGCGGCUUUAGUGAUCACUGUAGCUGAAAUGCCUGCACACUUAAUAUGCAAACAUCCAUCAUAAAUAUCAGUGUAAGCUACCUGCUAUUGAUGGUGGGUUUUAGGUGAUUCAUGAAGUGAAAUGGCAUGGUUCUUGUAUUCUGUGUCUAAGUUAAUGAAAGAAAAUCCCUGAAAAUCCCUUGUGAACCUCUAAAACAGCUGGUCUGUUUUAUUUAGUAGUUUACACUUACUGACUUGUGGAUUUACAGCAAUAAAACUCUCUACCUUUG